UCCCAGGGCAGGAAAAUCGAAGACCCAAACCGGCGCCUGCGCACUUGGUCUCCGCCGCUGCUGUGGUCUUGCGCCCCGCCCCCGUCCCCCCACCUCCCCCCAGGCUCGCGCUCAGCGGCGGCGGUGUUGGUGCCGCCGGGAGCGGACGGACCCGAGGUGAAGGUGGGGGGCUGGGGUCCACCGCCCGCGGCCGAGUCCCCGCGCCUCUCCUACCCUCCCCGCGCCCCCCGUGUGGCCCCCACUGCUAACAGUCGCGCGGCCAAACGCGGCCCACGGGCAGGGCGCGGAAGGGGAGUAGACGCGAGGCCGGGGACGAGCGGGGGGGGGGGGGAGGGAGGGGCGCACCCACCACCCCUCCUGGCCUACAGCGACCCCGCCUACAUCGCGGGACGGGGACCCUCGCAUGGGCUGCUGCAGGGGCCCGGGUUGGGCUUGGGCCCUGAGGUCACAGAGCAGAUGGUCCCAAAUGGAGCACAGGAUGUGUGGAAUAGCCUCUGUCUGCCUCCAGCCCAGGACCCGGCCCCCUGAGUUCUGAGUCCACCCGCUCUUAACGCCUCUGUGAUCAGAAUCAGACCUCUUCACCUGUCCAAGCCCCAGCUUCCUCAUCGGCAAGCUGGCUAUGAAGAGGCAAGACUCCUGACUGUGGCCCAUGGACCUCUGAGGAGGCGUCGUAAGUCCGCCCAGCUCCCCGCUUGCUGUGCUCCCACUCAAUGGGAAGGGAACCAAGGCCUUGUCCAGCCAUCAGCCACGGCCUCUCGACAGCACCAGGAUGGAAGUCAAAGGUCAGCUGAUCAGCUCUCCCACCUUCAAUGCCUCAGCUGCCCUGUUUGGAGAAGCUGUCCCCCAGAUGAAGUCAGAGCGUCUGCGGGGGCUGCUCGACCGGCAGCGGGCCCUACAGGAGGCCCUGAGCCUGAAACUUCAGGAGCUCCGCAAAGUGUGUCUCCAGGAGGCGGAGCUGACUGGCCAGCUGCCCCCCGAGUGCCCGCUGGAGCCUGGUGAACGGCCCCAGUUGGUCCGCCGGCGGCCCCCUGCGGCCCGAGCCUACCCUCCGCUGCACCCCAACCCAGCACACCACUCCUUGUGCCCCGCUGAGGAGCUGGCUCUUGAGGCGCUGGAGCGUGAGGUGUCUGUGCAGCAGCAGAUUGCGGCCGCCGCCCGCCGCCUGGCCUUGGCCCCUGAGCUGAGCAUCGAGCAGCGCCGGCGCCGGCGCCAGGUCCAGGCAGACGCGCUGCGGAGGCUGCACGAGCUGGAGGAACAGCUUGGGGACCUCCGGGCCCGCCUUGGCCUCCCGGUGCUCCCACCGCCGCAGCCCCUACCCCUGUCCACAGGGGCAGUUAUCACGGCCCAAGGAGUCUGCCUGGGCACGCGCCUCGCUCAGCUCAGCCAAGAGGACGUAGUUCUGCACUCCGAGAGCAGCUCCCUGUCAGAGUCUGGAGCCAGCCAUGAUAAUGAGGAGCCCCGCAGCUGCUUCCCUCUGGCCGAGCGCCCCUCGCCGCCCAAAGCCUGGGACCAACUGCGGACAGUGUCGGGGGGCAGCCCUGAGCGGCGAACCCCAUGGAAACCACCGCCGUCAGAUCUUUAUGGGGAUUUGAAGAGCCGGCGGAACUCUGUGGCCAGCCCCACCAGCCCCACACGCUCGCUGCCCAGGAGUGCCUCCAGUUUUGAGGGGCGAAGUGUGCCUGCCACCCCUGUCCUCACCCGGGGCGCUGGCCCCCAGCUCUGCAAACCCGAAGGCCUCCAUUCUCGCCAGUGGUCCGGCAGCCAGGACUCCCAGAUGGGCUUCCCCCGGGCGGACCCGGCCUCCGACCGUGCCUCCCUCUUUGCAGCCCGCACCCGCCGCAGCAACAGCUCUGAAGCCCUGCUUGUGGACCGGGCGGCUGGCGGGGGAGCUGGCUCUCCGCCGGCGCCUCUGGCUCCCCCUGCCACUGGCCCCCCGGUCUGCAAGAGCAGUGAGGUGCUGUAUGAGCGCCCCCAACCAACCCCUGCCUUCUCCUCCCGCACAUCUGGCCCCCCAGACCCUCCCCGGGCUGCCCGGCCUAGCUCAGCUGCCCCUGCCUCCCGAGGGGCCCCCCGGCUCCCACCUGUGUGUGGGGACUUCCUCUUGGACUAUUCCCUGGACCGGGGCCUGCCCCGCAGUGGUGGUGGGGCAGGCUGGGGGGAGCUGCUGCCUGCGGCUGAGGUCCCGGGACCCCUCUCCCGCCGGGAUGGGCUCCUCACCAUGCUUCCAGGUCCACCACCUGUAUAUGUAGCUGACGGCAGCAGCCCCCUCCUCCGCAGCAAGGAUCCCCACACCCGUGCUACCCGCACCAAGCCCUGUGGCCUGCCCCUGGAGGCCACCGAGGGUCCAGAGGUGCAUCCCAACCCUCUGCUGUGGAUGCCCCCGCCCACCCGUAUCCCCCCGGCUGGUGAGCGCAGUGGUCAUAAGAACCUUGCCCUGGAGGGGCUGCGGGACUGGUACAUCCGCAACUCGGGACUGGCCGCCGGGCCCCAGCGCCGGCCUGUUCCCCCCCACAUGGGCCCGCAACACCCACCCUUCCUCCAUGCCCGCUGCUAUGAGGUGGGCCAGGCGCUGUAUGGGGCCCCCAGCCAGGCGCCGCUCCCGCACUCGAGGAGUUUCACGGCACCCCCUGUCUCCGGCAGAUACUACGCGGACUUCCUGUACGCUCCGGAGCUGAGCGCUCGUUUAAGUGACCUGACGCUAGAGGGGGAGCAGUCCUCCAGUUCUGACCCCCAGACCCCGGGGACACUGGUCUGACCCCUUCUGAUAUGCUCCUUGUUGGCCUGGGCAUGGCUGUAGUCUGGGGAGCACACAGCUGACCUCGCUGAACCCUGGGGUGUGGUUGCUCUCAGUCCUGGGGGGUGCCGAACCUGAUCUUCCAAGGCCCAUGGCACCUUGUGGACCCACGAAGGUGUCUGACACCCUGUUUCCCCUCUCACACUGUGCUGGGAACUGGGGCCCUCAGCCAGCGUAAAAGAGGGAGGAUGGUGUAAUGGGGACUCCGAGCCCCUUCUUCCAUUUCUGUUUACAGUUGUGAUUUAGAUAUUCGCUGUCUUCCCCCAACGCUAGACGUUUUAUAAAAGGGAAACUGUGAUCUCGUCCUGGUUGGGCUCAUUCCUGUCCCCAUGCCCAGCCUGUUCCAUUCAGGAACCCCCUCCACAAAACGGAUCAUAUAGGGUCUCAGGGCCCUGUUUGGGGCAGCCAGGAGACUCUGGUGUGAACAGAACCCCCUGCCACCCCCCACCAGGGCAGUUAUUGGGGAGGUGGGCUCUCUGCCUGCAAUUGGAAAGACUGAAGUCUGGGUAGGGGGCUUGGGUUCAUUUUCCUGCCCCCAGGGGUGCCGGAAGGAGCCCCAGUCCCUGUCUGCCUGUCUGUGCCCGCUGCCUCUGCCCACAGGACUAGAUGGCCCAGCGUUUUGUGGCAGCCUCUGCCCUAUCUAUCCCCAGUCAGGAAGCCCUGCAGGAGGGGCCAGAGGGCAGAGCCAUCGGGUGUGUUGUGUCCUGGGAUGCUGCGGUGGUGGAAUCUGGCAUCUGGUGGAUGCCAGUAAAAUCCUCAGGUGACGUCUGGCCACAGGCUACGUCACGUCUUCCUUGGCUUUCGUUCCAUCCACCACUUUUUAAAUCUAUACAAGCUGUGUUUUCUAUGAUACCUAUCUGUGACUUUCUGGAGCUGGGGGUCCCCCUACCUCCUUUACCUGGUGUUAAACUUUUCUUUUUCUACCAAUGGACCUGGGCCCAAGACACUACCCACACUGGAAGGGGAUUUCUAUAAUAAAUGUGUAAACUGAA